AUGGGUGCCGAAUAUAGUCAACCGCCACGACUUGGAGCAUUAAGUGCUUUUAUAGAGGAUGCAUAUGGUGGUACAGAAAAAGGUGCAUCAAGAGUGCGUUGUUGGAAAUGUUUAGGUCAUGGACGACUUUAUAUUGAACAUGAAUGUACUUCAUGUUGGUGUCAAGAUCGAACAACUUGGUCGAAUUAUACAAGGCAUUGUUCGUGCAAUGGCUAUGCUCGUCAAACAAGUACUGAAAUAUGUGAUGACUGUCAUGGACGAGGUUACCGAUAA